UGCUCCCAUGUUUGUACAAACAUGCUUUUUCUUUCUUCAUUUUUGUAAUAAAUGUGCAUACAAUACAAUUACUACCCACAAACAGCUUUCUCCCUCUCCCUGCAAUAUGAUUGUGCCAAUUGCCUGUCCUCGUUCAAAUCAGCACGCUCGCCUGCUCGCUGUUUUAUUUGCUUGAGGAAUAACUACUGAUGGUUUUCUUCAGCAAAUUUAAAAAAGCUCAGAGAUUGCAGAAUUGUUUGAUAUGUCAGUAGUUCAGGAAUUUGCAUAUUUGAUUACUUUCUUGUGUCAAGUUGUGUGUUCUUUUUCCUUUCUCUCUCUACCCAUUUCAUUUUCUUUGAAAGUCUCGACAUUGGCGUCCUGAGGCAAAAUCCAGGGGACCUCUGUUCAAAUAUCUUUUUUUUUUUUUUUUUUUUUUUUUAAACUCUAACACACAUCCCUCUGUCCUCUGGACCUCUGCCCAACAAACUUACGCCAUAUCUCUCCCUUUCUUGGAGUAAAACUAAAAGUAAUAACGAUAAUUAUAGUACCCCAAAUUCAAAAAAAGGUACAGGAUUGAUGGGUGAGAGAGGAGGCUCUCUGUGAGAGGAGAGCCUACCUGUUCAUGCAAACCAACCACAAGAACAACAGCAUAACUCGCGUCAAAUUCACUAACAGAAAGUUUAAUCUUAGGUCCCUUUGAUUGAUUCUUUCUAUGCACAGAGAGAGCAACAGCAAGCAGCAGCAAAUGGAUGCGAGCAAGUAUGUGAGGUACACACCUGAGCAAGUGGAGGCACUAGAGAGGGUUUAUGCCGACUGCCCAAAGCCAAGCUCUUUGAGGAGGCAACAGCUCAUUAGGGAGUGCCCUAUUCUUGCUAACAUCGAGCCUAAACAAAUCAAAGUUUGGUUUCAAAACCGCAGAUGUCGUGAAAAACAAAGGAAGGAAGCUUCUCGGCUGCAGACUGUUAAUAGGAAGCUGACUGCCAUGAAUAAGCUGCUGAUGGAGGAGAAUGAUCGCCUUCAAAAGCAGGUCUCACAGUUGGUUUACGACAAUGGCUACAUGCGGCAGCAACUGCACACUGCGAGCGCUUCGACCACUGAUACCAGUUGUGAGUCUGCGGUAAUCAGUGGUCAGCAACAACAGCAUAACCCAACACCUCAGCAUCCACAAAGGGAUGCAAAUAGCCCAGCUGGUCUUCUUGCAAUAGCUGAGGAGACACUGACGGAGUUCCUUGGAAAAGCUACUGGAACAGCUGUCGACUGGGUCCAGAUGAUUGGUAUGAAGCCUGGUCCGGAUUCUAUUGGCAUUGUUGCCAUUUCCCGCAACUGUAGAGGGGUAGCAGCACGAGCCUGUGGCCUUGUGAGCCUCGAACCCACUAAGGUUGCUGAAAUACUCAAAGAUCGACUCUCUUGGUUUCGUGACUGUCGUUGCCUUGAUGUAGCAAGUGCAAUCCCUACAGGAAAUGGAGGGACAUUGGAACUCUUAUACAUGCAGAUGUAUGCACCAACAACGUUAGCGCCUGGUCGCGACUUUUGGUUGCUGAGAUACACUACAAGUUUGGAAGACGGCAGUCUAGUGAUCUGUGAGAGAUCUUUAACAUCUAAAAUGGGUGGUCCAACUGGUCCUCCUGCUACUUGCUUUGUGAGAGCUGAAAUGCUCCCAAGUGGCUACUUUAUACGACCUUGCGAGGGUGGGGGAUCCAUUAUCCACAUUGUUGAUCACAUUGACUUGGAUGCUGGCAGUGUUCCUGAAGUAUUGAGGCCACUUUAUGAAUCUUCAAAAAUCCUUGCACAGAAGAUGACUAUGGCUGCUUUGCGCCAGAUACGACAAAUUGCUCAAGAAACUAAUGGAGAGAUUCAGUAUAGUGGUGGUCGCCAACCUGCAGUUCUUAGGGCGUUAAGUCAAAGACUCUGCAGGGGUUUUAAUGAUGCUGUCAAUGGAUUUGUUGACGAUGGCUGGUCGAUAAUGGGCACGGAUGGGGCUGAAGAUGUAACCAUUGCUAUUAACUCAUCUCCAAGCAAGUUUCUCGGGUCCCAAUACAACAACUUGUCCAUGCUUCCAUCAUUUGGGGGAGUUCUUUGCGCACGGGCGUCAAUGCUUCUCCAGAACAUACCUCCUGCUUUACUUGUUCGUUUCCUGAGGGAACAUCGUUCUGAAUGGGCUGAUUACAGCGUCGAUGUUUACUCUUCUGCUUCUCUGAAGGGUAGCCCUUAUGCAGUCCCCUGUGCUAAGCCUGGUGGAUUUCCCAGUAGCCAAGUAAUUUUACCUCUUGCGCAGACUAUCGAACAUGAGGAGUUCCUGGAGGUGGUUCGUUUGGAGGGUCAUGCAUUCUCGCCCGAGGAAAUCGCAUUAUCGAGAGAUAUGUAUCUGUUGCAGCUAUGCAACGGGAUAGACGAAACGGCUUCUGGUGGUUGUGCUCAGCUUGUGUUUGCGCCGAUUGACGAGUCAUUUGGCGACGAUGCUCCUCUGCUGCCAUCCGGUUUCCGCAUUGUACCUUUGGAGCCUAAAUCAGAUGGCCCUUCUGCAAAUCGAACUUUGGAUCUGGCUUCUGCUCUCGAGAUCGGACACAGUGGAAGCUCCGGUAUGCAGAUUCGAGAAGCUGAUGCAGGUAAUCAGAAUUUCAGAUCUGUUCUUACCAUUGCAUUCCAGUUCGCCUUCGAAGACCACUACCGCGACGGUGUUACUGCUAUGGCACUUCAGUAUGUACGAAGUAUAGUCAGCUCUGUCCAAAGGGUUGCCGUUGCAAUAGCCCCGACCCUCCUCGGUUCUCAUAUUCUGCCAAAGUCUCUUCCCAGUUCACCUGAGGCUGUCACACUUGCUCGAUGGAUUUGCCGGAGCUAUAGGGUACAUACCGGUCAAGAACUAUUCCCGGCUGAUUCACCGAUGGCAGACGAUGCAGUUCUCAAGCAACUUUGGCACCACACUGAUGCCAUCAUGUGCUGCUCUGUUAAGACAAAUGCAUCAACUGUUUUCACAUUUGCGAACCAGGCGGGGCUUGACAUGCUGGAGACGACGCUGGUGGCACUUCAGGAUAUAAUGCUUGAGAAGAUACUAGACGAAGCCGGUCGAAAGAUUCUCCUGACGGAAUUCGCCAAGAUCAUGAACCAGGGAUUCGCGUAUUUGCCGGCGGGAGUUUGCGCAUCGAGCAUGGACAGGCCGGUUUCCUAUGAUCAAGUCAUUGCCUGGAAGGUUGUGGAUGAUGAUGAUUCCAAUCACUGCCUGGCUUUCAUGUUCAUGAACUGGUCUUUUGUCUGAACCAUUAUCGUCUUCUUGAAUUUGCACUAAGAUUCAUUCAGCUUUAAGACAAGGAUUUGAUUAUGAGAUAGUGUACUCUUGCUGUUUGUGUUUGCAAUCCUUUCUUUACGAACAAUACAGUCUUGAAGAAUGAUCACGCACUCGAUCUAAUUUUAUUCCUAAUUGCAAAUGA